GUGCUCGUUUUCUUUUUCGUGACACGCCCUCAUUUUGCUAAAAGUCACAGUGCAGCAUACACAGCAGCAUGGCAAGUAAACUAGUGUCAAGAAAGUGGAUCCAGUGUGACACAAGAAGUGGGUCUAACCUUACACCGGUCACUGUAAUGCAAUGGAACAUCUUAGCUGAUGAUAGUACAACAAACUUCAUCAAGGCGCCCAAGGAAGCUCUGAAAUGGGAGAAUAGAAAGGAUGAACUCCUGAAGGAAAUAUUUCGAUCUGGAGCUGAUGUCGUCUGCUUGGAGGAAGUGGACCAUUUCCCUGACUUCUUUCAGCCAAAGUUGAAGGAAAAUGGGUUUGAAGGUUUUUUCAAGCCCAAGCCCUCUUCUCCUUGUCUUGAAGUCGAGGGAAAUAGUGGUCCUGAUGGAUGUGCCCUGUUUUACAAGGCCGAUAAGUUUUCCUGUCUGGACAAACAUGAGCUCACGUUGCAUAACAAGGAUAGUAAAGAGAGUAACCAGGUUGCAAUCCUCGUCAAAUUGGAGCUACGGGAGUCUGUUUCUGUAGAUCAUAAACCACGGCAGUUGUGUGUGGCAGUGACCCACCUCAAAGCCAAGGCACAAGCUGUCGACAUCCGAGCUGCACAAGGAGCUCAUCUCUAUUCUGAGAUGAGGAAGUUCUGUGGAGGACUACCUGGGGUGGUGUGUGGUGACUUCAAUGCACAACCGAAUGAGCCAGUCUAUACACUCUUCAAAGAGUCUUUCGAGAGCUCUUACUUUAUCUCCGGAGGAAAAGAGCCACCACUGACAUCUUGGAAAUUUAGGCCAGGGAAGGUGUCCAAGUAUACAAUAGACUACAUCUGGUACACAGUUGGGCAGCUCCAGGUGAAAGCUGUGUGGGAGAUUCCCACCGAAGGGGAUAUUGGAGAAAAUGGCAUGCCUGUGGCCGGCAUCUUUUCGUGCUACUACCCGCAGCAGAUAGAAAUGUACUCAUUCUCAAACGGAACUUCCCUGCAGGCGAAACUGGGCAACUGGCAACAACUAGAACGAUUCUUUGCCAAGGAAGCUCUGGAUAUGCCUAAAGACUACAUAGAAGGCACUAUCCACUGCAAACCUGGUGCAGCGUGUUCAUUGAUAGAGAGAUCUUACACUUUGGUCACCCACAGAACGUUAAAAUAUUUGCCGUCAAAGAAUCACCCUGAGCAGUUCAAUGACAGUACCUACCAAUCUUCACUACCUCCUCAUGCCAGAUCCACAGCUUCUCAGUCGGUGAAGAACAACCUUGCAAAUACAGAACUUGCAAUAGAGCCGGACAGAAUUCUAGGCAAACAGAAGGCUCAAGCCAUACUUGAGACUCAUGUGGAGCAAAGACGACAAGAGAGAGAGUCUUAUCCUGAGCGGUUCAUUUCAAAGACAACAAAGCCUUCUCGAUUCAAAGAGGGCCAGUUACCACAGAAAAAGGUGAACAUGCAAGCCGAGAGAUAAAGGUUAAACAACGAAGACCUGAAGAGACAUAAGAACUACGUAUUGUGAUAACAUUGAUGUUCCCAU